AGAGAGAGAGAGAGAGAGAGAGAGAGAGAGAGAGAGAGAGAGAUAGAGAGAGAGGGGGGAGAAAGAGAGAGAUUUAACAGCCCACUCAACACAUUUUACGAUUAUUUUACGUCGGUCAUAUGGCUAGAGACGACCUUACUGAUUAACUGGUCAUCAUCAUCAUCCUUAGAUGAUGAUCGUGUAAAUAAUCGGUUUGAUUUCUGUCAGUCAAAGACAUUCCAGCCAGUCCACUGCGGCCAGGCGGAUUUUAAUCAACUUGAUAGCCGGCAAAAAUGUUAGUCCUUAACGGUGAUGGUUUUUUGUCUUUAUUCACGGAAUGAUAGACUCUGUUUACUGAUGGACGAAACACGCCGGGUGCCGGGCCUACACCGAUCCCCUUACAGCGACCCGAGAACCAGUCGGCACCAGUGAUUCGCCUCACCGAUGGUCUCAGUAAUAACAAAUUAAGGAGAACUCCUAUCACAGCUCUAACUGGCGAUAGUUUUCAAACACCACAACCUCCAAUCAUUGAUUCCCAAUCCGUUCCGAGCUUGGGUGAGCCGCGGUAAUAGGCCGGCGAUUUCCUCGUGUCUGGCUCUACUUUGAGACGUAAGGUUGUUUCGGAAAACACGUCGACGUCGGAUUAAGCACCUGGGAGAACGCAACUGUUCCGUCUCGUGUCGCGGAGCAUUUCGGGAUAGCUGAUGCCCAUUCAUUCACCAUUUCAACUCAAGUUCUUCAUUACCAGUGCUACAGAGAAUGAGCGGAGAAUACAUCCCUAAACACUUCUACCCCAAAACGUCCUCCUGUCUUCACUACGUCAUCCUGUUCUUUUCCUUUAUAGCUGGUGCGGCCACAGUUGACACAGAUGCACAGUAUCGGUUGGUCCGGGACCUUUUGAAGCCGUAUGACAAACGAGUCCGUCCAGCACUCAAUUUCUCCGAGUCGCUAAACGUAACAUUUGGCGUGGCACUGGCGCAGAUCAUAGAUGUCGAUGAAAAGAAUCAGAUUAUUACAACUAAUUGCUGGUUAAAUCAAGGAUGGCUUGACCCAAAACUUCGAUGGGAACCUAAGAAAUACGGCAAUAUUACCGUGGUUCGAAUCCCGUUCAAGGAGAUAUGGCUGCCAGACAUCGUACUCUACAACACCGCCGAGGUGACGAGCGCCGAUUUCUCGAGCGUCAGCACCAACGUGAUCGUGACGCACGACGGCAACGUGACGUGGUUGUCGAUGGUGAUCUUCAAGAGCUCGUGUUCGAUCGACGUGCAGUACUUCCCGUUUGACGAGCAGAACUGCUCCAUGUCGUUCUCGUCAUGGACGUACGAUGCCUACCAAGUGAACAUCCUCAACGUGGGCACCGAGGGCGACACGUCCAACUACAUGAACAGCACCGAGUGGAAUCUCAUCAACUUCGUGCAGGAACGAGAGGUGGUAAUAUUCAGCUGCUGCCCAGAGCCUUACAUCUUCAUCAACUACCACAUCCUGAUCAAGCGGCGACCUCUCUUCUACAUGUUUAACCUCGUAGUGCCUUGCCUGUUGAUCACACUCGUUUCCCUCCUCGGAUUCUACAUGCCGUCUGACUCGGGGGAGAAAAUAUCCAUGGGGAUCACAACUCUGUUAUCCAUGACGGUCUUUCUUAUGAUCGUGGCCGACAUGCUUCCGCCAACGUCUGAUGUCUUGCCGCUCAUUGGUCUCUACUACGGCAUCACGAUCGCCGUGGUGUCCUCUGCGACGGCGAUGACUGUGCUGACGCUCAACAUCCACCACAAGGGACAGCGUGGUCAGGAGAUUCCCGGAUACCUUAGAACCAUAUUUUUUGGAGUGCUCGCCAAGGUUCUCUUCAUUAAGGUGGAUUCUAAAGCCCAGGCUCCGGAGCGGGGAAUGCAUCCAAUACCACAAAGUGAUUACUAUAUGAAAUACGAGAACGAAACAUUAACAGAAAAUGGCGGCCUAUCGCCCCGCUUCACGAGAAAAAUUCACACAGCACCGGGGACUCCUUCUUCCCACACCACGGAUAAUACUGAGAGACAGUUCAUGCGGGUGCUACAGAAGGUGUAUCAGACUAUUGAGAAAAAUGAGAUGCGGCUGGCGGACCAGGACCGGCGAGACCACAUCAAGUAUGAGUGGCAGCAACUGGCUCUGAUUCUCGAUCGUUGUCUGCUCAUUGUCUUCAUGAUCAUAACUACUUGCGUCACUCUUGGCAUUUUUCUUCCAUCGCCGCAUUCCACAGCAUUCGGAUCGAGUUACGUCUGAAGUGUGGUCCUUCCUUUUUAACAAAAUAUUCAGCAACAAAACAAAUAUAUAUGUUGCUUCUUUGUGGUCCGGGUCCGCCAAUUCUAUAGGAACAUCAUGACUCAUGGGUUUUACUUCAGAAGUUAUGAAACAGUUUUCAAGACCAACGAAAUUCUUUGUCCAUGAGAGUAAAAAGAGUGGCGGGUUGAAAACAAUGAAGCCUUUAGGUUAACAGAUCUGUUGGAAGAGUCUUUUAAGACUUCACGUUUCUACUGGGACAUUUCUACUGAGACGACUUUUCUACAGGAGAUGUCUUUUAGACUUGGCUGUUCUGCUGGAAAUCGUCACUAUUUAUCGCCAGUAUGAAGUAAAGCGAUGCAAGGCUCGUGUCAAGUGCCAUGAUUAACGUAGAUGACCAUUAGUGUUUGGAUUUGCCUGGCUGAUAUGAAGAUAGCUUCUUUCACUAGCGAUGCUGAACUGGAUGUUGUUUAUAUGAUGUGUCUGCCUGGUGAGACAUGCGGAACCCUAAGGAGGGUACGCUUUCAUCCCUGUAGGAUAGACGUUUUUUGUGUGGUUCAAUUGGAGAUUAGUUCUGUGAUUCAAAUCCAAACUUAACUUACCAUCUUGAUUCGCAGGUUUGAAUUCAAGAUCUUUGCAGCGGGUCAUGUUUCAAAUCAAGUUAUUCAGACGACAUGUGUUAAGGAUGACGUUUGAAGAUCGGAAUAUUCUGCGGUGAUCCGAGUAAUAUUCUACACAUAUCUCAGAUCUCUGUACGCGUUUUCGUGACCGAAGUACACGUAUUAUCGAAAUUACAUGUUUUCACCGGAAUAUACUUUGCAUGCUUUUGGAGAAUUACUGCAUCAUUUGAAUUAGUAUUGUUUUGUGGGAAUUACUUGUGGGAAUAGUGUUGUUGUAUUCUGGAUCUAACUGCAGUGAUUCGAAUGGAUGACUUGGAGUCUGUAAUUAUUGUGUUUAUGACAUAACUUUUUUUGGACAACAAAUGUUAUUUGUUCUUUCGGAGAAUCUUUUUGAUGAUGUUUUUUUAUUGUUAUUAAUUUAUUGUGCUAAAAUGUUUCAUGUUUUUUUAUGUUUGAAGACUGGAUUUGAGACUUAAUACUGUAGCUCAAUAUCAUGGAUGGUAUGGUGACUCAACUACCAACAGGAUACAGCUACCGUAUACAAUGGAAUUUACAGGUUUCUACCUGCUGUAUUGUGGUUGAAACGAUGUUGUAUGAACAAUUAUUGAGUUUACGUUGAUUAAGUAGUUUUAUAAUACCAUAAUUCGUUUAUUUGUGAUACAAACUGUGAUUUUUUUCUCGACUGAUCUACGGGAGAUAACUGCUGUUGACCAUUUCGUUCACAAAGAUCGGUUUGUGUAAAAAUAACAAUUAUCGUCUAUGGGAGAUAACUCUUGUUGUUUUACGCACAGGUCGCGUUUUGUAAAAAGGAUUAUAGGCAACAACUGUUUUCAUGAUUAUGAUUAUUAUUAUUAUUAUUAUUAUUUAAUGUAAAGAUUGUUUUGUGAUUGGUAAGACAAACACUUGAUUGGAUGAUUAGCGACAGUAGUCGUGUGCAAUACUUUUAGAUAUAAAUAUUUAGAGGCGGUUUUGUGUUUUUGGCACGGUCGAUUUUGGAUUAACCAUUGUUUUUUGUGUUUUGCUUACGAUUAUUAUUUUUUUUUAAUAAAAUAUGACAUGUUCCAGUCGUUAAUGUAUGCACACGUUAGCCUAAUAGUCAUCGUGGCAGGAAUAAUAUGUAUUUUCCCUGAUUACAGACACAGAGAAAUUGAUCAUAAAAGUAUAGUAUCAAAGUAGCAUAAAGUUUGUUUGUUUAACGACACCACUAGAGCAAAUUGAUUUAUUAAUAUUAAUAAUCAGCUGUUGGAUGUCAUACAUUUAGUAAUUUUAUUAGCAAGGGAUUUUUUAUAUGCACUAUGCCACAGACAGGAUAGCACAUACAGCGGCCUUUGAUAUACCAACCGUGGUGUACUGGCUUCACUAUAGCCUACAAGUAGCAUAAGGUUUGUAUUGUUUAACGACACCACUAGAGCGCAUCAAUUAACCAUAGGCUACUGGGUGUAUCUAUGAUACGUAGUCUGAAAGGAAACCCGCUACAGUGUUCCAUUAGUAGUAAGGGAUCUUUAAUAUACAUUUCCCACAGACAGGACAGUACAAUCACGGCCUUUUAUACACCAGUCGUAGAGCAGGUUCGAUCCUACGACCUGAGCACCUCCGGGAAUCAAAGUUGCAUAAUGGCGGCUUCCGGCUAAAGUAAUUUAUUAAAUUUUGGUUUUAAAAUGUAAAUAAUACCUGUUACUAUAAGCACAUAGAAAAGUUCAACCAAAUAAUUUAAAUCACUAAUAUAAUCUUCUCCCUUUUUUGUGUUCUUUUUAAAAAUAUUUAGACGAAAUUGCACGCGUUCAAUUAAGUCGAACACUCCGUAACACGAUGCCAGGUGAAUGUUGCCGACAAGUUGGCUGUCUGUGUGCAACACAUCUGUGUUUUGACGGACCUAUCACGCUGCAGACUGUCGACAUAUUUUUGGGGAUCCGUCGAUUCGUGAUAAUACAGGAAUCUAGUCGUACAGAACGUCAGUGUUUAUAUUACACGGCGUGCAAACACAUCGUAUGCAAAGAUUAUGUGUGUGGUCGAUUAAUUUGUAGAACUUUAUUUAUUGCAAAUAAAUGUAAAAAUAUAACACGUGUAACUAGAAUACUGCAUUUGUCAUUAAAGUCUGAUACGUGUUACGUUUGACAUACUUCAGUUGUUUGGGUUGCCUUCGGAGCUAUGAGAUUACAAUAUAUAUAUGAAAUGUGUUCUUGAUAAAUGAUUAUCAUUAGCUAUUCUCAGAACAACCGAACUGACUACGUCUUCUGUGUAAUAUAACGCUAGUUUUGUAUUUGAGCGUCAGUUCUUUUGAAUGAAUCUAUUAAUAGUUUAUUGGGAUUUGUAAAAUCAUUAUGUUUACAAUGUUUUGAAUUAAUCUUUAAUUCAUAUUGAUUAUAGAUACACAUCUUUCUUUUUUUUUCUUUCUUUUUUUGCAAAAGUGAUUAGAAAUAAACAGUUGUCUUCCUGAAGAACAAGAUUUGUGUGUUGUAGAAUAUUUUAAAAUUAGAUGGUCACGUUUCAUGACUGACGUGACCGGCAACGCUGAAACACGGUCUUUGUUUCAACACUGAAUGCCAGGGAUAUCUACGUAUGUAAUCCAACCCUUGAUGACCUGGUUGUGGUAUGGUUAUGGACCAUGGUACAGUAUCUUAAUGGUAAGAUAUUAUGCACUAGUAAGUGACAAUUAAAGUCAAAUUCAGCAUGUUCAAUUUGUGGAGAACUUUUAAAAAUCAAACUACCCACACUCGGCUGUAUUCUGAUAUCGCAUAGACAUAAAUAUAUCUGCUAUGCUAUCGCGGUACCAGACCGGUGACAAAGCAGGUGUAAACGGGACCAUUUGUUACAAAACCUGGCAAACUGGCAUCGACUAACAGCGAAUUUUCUACAUUUGAGUCAAUAUAUUUGGUCGUCGAUAGACUAUUUUCAUAAUAUCGAUUAUGCUUCUAUGGAUGAAUAUCUUACCGUAAUUUUACUUCAUAGCCAUAUUUCUUAAAUGGUACCCUUUUUAUUACAAUAUUUUCUCCAAACACAAAUAAGACAUUUAGUAAUCUUCAAAAAACAAAUCUAUAUAGUAAUAAUUAUUUUGAAUUGAACCAACUAACAAAAGAAAAAGCAAUCUUGGAACUGUCAUAAUCUCCAAGAAGAUAUGAAAGGAAAGUUCUAAACAAUAAGGAUGUUUUUUUGUGUAUCUUUCUAAUCCAUAUCUCACUACUCACUGUCGUAGCUCCCAUUCAAAUAACUGCUAACCUACAUCAUGUACUACACGGCGUUUUAGUUGAAUAAUCCCAAACACUGGAAGACUCGACCGGCAUUCACUGCGGUUGUUUCACGCAUCUUUAGACAUUAUUCAGUGACAAACAGACGUCAUGGGGAUAACAAUGCAAAAUUUUAUUUAUUUCAAACAAGGAAAAUGCAACGACAAGAUCUGACAUUUAAUCGUCGUUUUAUACAGGUGAACACGAAUCUAGAAAAAUAAUAAACCUGUUUUAAAAAAAAAUAAUAAUAAUGUUUUUAAAACCGCUGCUGACAACCUCUUGCUGACAAACUCUUGUCAGAGUUCCAUUGUUUCUAUCUUACUUUUAAGGAUCUCAGAAAGGGGAACAACUUCCUUCAGCAGCAGCUACAGCCCUUGAUUAAUUAGCGUGUUUAGAAGGCCGAGCGCUUGUUAACAACUUGACUGGUAUCAUUAUCUUCUUUCAGAUCACAUAUAUGUAACGUUGGGCGCAAAAAACAAAACAAAAAACCAGUCUAGCUAACGAUGGCCCUUCUGAACAUGCUUCUGAUUUCACCUACCCCCCCCCCACCCCAACCACCACCCCCCCCCCCCCCCAACCCACCCCCCCCCCCCCCCCCCCACACACACACACACCCCGUUUAGGUAGGAAGAUGGUGAAAACUUUAGUACAUGAUUGAACACUCAGGCGUUUGUAACAUUUCCUCUUUCGUCCAUUUGAUUUGGUUAAUUACUCUGUGUAUGCUAGUAUGUGUUUUCACAAUAAAUGUCUUUGUGGUAUUCCUGUGUUUAAUUAUACACGUGUGCUGUUUAACUCUGUUGUAACUGGUUCGCAUAUAUCUGAUGCUGGUCACAGAUACCCAUGUUUAUAUUACAGCCGCCAUCUUUGAUUACCACAGUUUAAGUGCAUUCUGUCUGCCGCUUUUAAUUUGAUAAACUUGCGUAAUAAAAAUGUAAUAUUU